AUGGCCACCGCCUUCGCGUUGCGGAGCCUGCCGGCGGUGGCGAACCUCAUCGGAAACUUCCUGAACAUGCUGCCCAUCCGCGUCUCCUACGACCCCAAGGAGCCAUACAUGGACAUCGCCUCGCGAGUGGCCACGUCAACGAUCAACGUGCAGCGCUACAACAUGGCGCCCUUCAUUCAGAUCGUGAAUGAGACACAGCCGCACUAUCCUACUACUGACCCUUCCAGGAACCCGGUGUAUCAGUCCAUGGUUGAUGUCGUCCCGCGAGACGACGACAGUGAAGAGGUCGGCCUGAAGGGCGUCUUGGACCUUUUCCUUUUCGCCAACACCAGGAAUGGACAGAUCUUCCGGCUCGAUGGGGUCUUCAACACGACGGUCCUCACCAAGCAGACGGUGCGGCUGAUUCUGAUGCACGUGAAGGCCAUCACCAUGUGGGCGGCGCGGGAUGCCAACUUGCCGAUCCCGAGGCUCCUGGCGACCUAUGAGCGCGCGCAGGAGGCGAGGGACAUGGACAAGGGCGUGGUGCUCACGCAUAUCAUGGUAAAGGGCAAGACAGGCUUGCCAUCGAUUGCCUCCAUGUCCAGCGGUUUGGAGCUGAACCUGUCGGACGAGCAGCAGAACGUGCGCGCCGCCCGCCGCUUCAAGCUUCAUUCGGCGCUGGAGAUGGGCGGGGACAUCCCGCAGAACCUCAUGAAAUCUGCGGUGCUGCCUGUGCCACUCCAGCCAAAGGCCAAGGCCCGUGCGCCGGCACGCUGGAGUGAGCAGCUGGCGAAGGUCGACCGGCCGGCGGCGACGCAAGCCGCAGCGCAACCGGCGAUGUCGAUCCUGGCACCGCAGGCUGCUGAGACAUCUGUGCAGGUGAGCAAAGCGCCGAAGCUGUCGGUGGAAGAGGAGGUGGCACACCGUCGAGCAGAAGCGCAAAAGCGACGGGAACGGAGUUAUCAAGUUGCGGCUACUUGGGCACAGACGCAACGUGACAGCGAGCUGAUCCCGCUGGGAGAGGCGAAUCCUUUCGAUGAGGCCGACGCCUUCCCACGGGGCGCCCGCCGCCGCGGCUUCGCGGCCUUCGCGGCGCGGAGCCGCGCGGAGCAGCUGGCAGAGGAAAAGCCCAAAGCUGGAUACCACCGGAAAGGUCAACAAGUCCUGUCAGAUCCGUUGAUCGUUGGACCGGCGCGGGGUUUCCCGCCGCGUUUGGACCGACGCACGGUCAUGGGCGUGGUCAAUAGGACAGACGAGUUCAGGCACAUCCUCCGGGACUUUGCCACCAGCGGCGGAGGCUUGAACUUUGAGACGCCUCAAGCAACGUCCCAGUUGAACCGAUGGUCCUCAGAGAUCAGUGCAGAGAUCCAUGAGACCUUGCAGAAGGUGGGCGAGCUGAGGAAGCUGUCGAAGCAGACACGCCUUUUUAACGCCAAGACUGACCAGAUCCAGGAGCUGAUUUACACGGUGACGCAAAAGAUUCAGCUCCUGAAUCCGAAAAUCGAGGCCUUGGAAUCCCAAGUCAAAAGCUCCAGGAAGAACAAGAGCUAUCAGACGCAUGCAUCCACCCUGGUGGAAACCCUGAAGACCAGGUUCUUUCAAUUGAACAAGGAGUUUAAGGAUGCACAGGAGGACUGGACCAAGGCAUUGCUGCAGCAGGAGCAGAGGAGACAAGAUCUGAUGUACUCCUCCGCUCCGCGCCGCGUCGAUCCCGUCCCCCGUUGGCAGAGGCCGAGGCCCACUGGAGACUCUGAAGACUUGGAGGUCGGGGGUGCCAGAGCAGUGACCAUGCAGCACGGCUACCGCAGUUCCCGGGCUGAAGCGGUACGGGGAGUCCAGAAGAACAUCUCAGAGUUGGCUCAGAUCGUCCAAAGGAUCGCUGUCACGGUCACCGCGCAAGAAGAGACGGUCCGCCGGAUCGACGACGAACUGGACGACGCCGUGGUCAACUUGCAGCUCGGGCAGGCCAAUUUGCUCCAAUACUUCCGCGCCAUAUCUUCAAACCGUGCGCUUAUUGUCAAGGUGUUUCUCAUCCUGAUCUUCUUUGUGAUCUUCUUCGUGGUCUUCUUGGCGUGA